GCGAGGGAGAACGCGAUCCCCCCCAAGACCAUCCGCGAGACUCUCGGGAGCGCCGUUGAGGACGAGAGCAUCACUUUAGACGAGGCCCUCGCGAACGCCGACGGCAUGAAGCCCCACUUCCACGCUGGCCCCCCACACGGCCACGUAGGACAAGAGGGGCUGUCGAAGAUCGCGGAUCUUCCUGCUGCGCCCAUGAACGUCCACGCAGGCACGAAGAUAUCUUACUUCGGGGACCUGCUGAUGAACCAGGCUUACGAGGAUAUCCAGGGCUCUGACGGGAAAGCGGUCGGUGUCCUCAUUGACUGGAAGGACCCCCAAGUGCAACCGUGCCGUUUGGACGCGGUCAAGGACCUUGCCACGAAGUCCAAUUUCAGUGGCCUCCCCCCACCGCUCAAGAGCCAACCUGGUGGGCCGUACGCCAUGCAGAUUUUCGUCGCGGGCGCUGGCGAGGGCAGAGUGCGCAUUUUCAAGGACGUUGACCUGAAGGGUCAGUGCCUGAAGAUGGCCAACUGCGUGCCAAUGUGUUGUGGCACAGGCGUCGUGUAUCAGUAUGAGAACCAGCGGAGGGCUGGCCGCAAUGCGAUCUGUUAUCUCCAGGCGAAGCUCGGCGGCCUACAGAUUCGCUUUUCCACGCUGACCGCCGCGGCGAAGCCUGGCAAGCGUUCGACCGAGUGGGAUAAGAAGCAGGAGACCAACGACCCUCAGUCGAAAAUCUACGGUUGGGAAGAGUCCCGCGUGGCCCAGGCGCUGCGGAACCAUGCGAGCGGGCGCAUCAACGCCAUGCGCCUCUCUGUCUGGGCGCUCAUGCGGAGGGGCUUCGAGCCGCGGUUCAUCAACGAGGUGCCCGCGAAGAUCCUACCAACUCUUGAACGCAACAGCGUGCUCUGGGUCGGCAAGACCAGAGUAGGGAAGUCGACGGCGUCGAAGACACUUGCGCUCUUGAUGCCCAUGCUCGAGAUCGAUGUCCCCGAGGGCGAUGCCGGGGAGGGCGCGCCCGAGCCUUCAGUUGUCACCGCCAAGCAUUUUGAUGUCUUCAGGGGCGAGCCCGCGGAGAGGGUGCCACCCGCGGUGUUCGACGACGGGGACUUGCACAAGCAGGACGCAUCCGCGUCGAAGACCUUCCCCAACCCAUGCGAGGAGGAUUCCACACUGCGGGCGAGGUCGGGGCCCAGCACGUUCGCCCCAGCGACUUCCCGCCAGGCCGCGAACAACAGUUACGACAAUUCCUUGGAGAAGCGGUUGGUGAGAGAAUGGCACAAAAAGAAACCAAUGGAGAUCACGACCCAGCAGCUCACGGAUCUCAUCGCGCCCCCCCUGAAGCAGAUGACGGAGGAAGAAGACAUGAAGGCCCUGCUGGCGAGGACCCACGUUGUCGCGACCACGGACACGUUGUGCACUUCCGCUUGGCAUCCGGUGAGUUUCCGGAGGGCGGCGCCGUGCCCUUCUACCUAUACAGCAAAGCCUGGCCUCUUCAAUUACUCGCCAGAGGCGCGCGCGUGCUUCGGCAAGUACAAGGACGGCCCGACCUCUCCGAACAACUAUCCGUCCGAUUUCAAGGAGAAGGCGGAGUGGUCCCGGAAUUUCGCGAAGCGCCUGAUGCGCGGCGAACAAAUGCCCACUGCGUCGACCACCCGCGGGACCUCGCUCUUCGGGGAGCCCGUGCACAGGGUUCAGCCUGAGAUCGCGGCCCCGCCAGCGGGCGUGCCCGCGGCCCCCAUGGCGGCCCCAGCCGCGCCAGACGAGGGGCCCCCAGCCAAGCGGGCGAAGCCUGGUGCCCAGGAGGGGCGCGCGGCGUCCCCCGACCCUUUCGCGGGCGGCAUCAGGUGCGACCACCUCGGGAGCGACCGCGGCGACUCCGAGGGCGAGGAGGAGCAGCCGCUCGGGACCCCCGCGCAGGAGGUCGAGCGGCUCCGGGGGCCCCACCAGGCAGGCGCCAUCACGUUCAGGGAGUUCAACGCAUUGCAGAGGAGCGUGAUCAGCGAUGGGCUCAACGCCUCGCAGAAUGUCGUCCCCGCCAAGAAGGGGGGGCGCAGCGCCAAGCGGGAGCAGGCGCCUCGCGCGCCGAUCAAGCUGGACCCGACCGAGGGCUGCCAA